AUGGAGGGUGUCGGCACCGCCGAGGCCGGUUUCUACGCGGAGGAGGAGGCGGAGGAGGCGGUGAGCUGCUACGACUUCGAGCCGCUGUCCAUCCUGCUGGAGGACGAGGAGAAUGUGUCCCUUGCUGAUAUUUUGUCACUGCGGGAUAACUGUCUCACGGAGCAAGAUAUCUGGGCAAUUUGCCUGGAGUGCAGCCGCUCUCUGAAGAGCAUUGCCCAUUCUGCGAUCUUCCAGACACUCUGCAUCACUCCUGACACUUUGGCUUUUAACACCAAUGGCAAUGUAUGCUUCAUGGAACAGCUCAGUGAUGAUCCAGAGGGCGCCUUUGUACCACCAGAAUUUGAUAUCACUGGCGACACUUUUGAGGCAAGUUUAUAA